CAUCAAAUAUCCCAAUCAGAUGACAUGAAGUAGAAGCAUGUAAUAGCUUUGUCUGUUUGAUAAAUCAUAUAUCAGAUCUUUUAUAAUAUCUUAUAUCUAGAACUGUAUAGGCCUAGGGAAAGAACCAUUUAAAGGUAGCAUGCUAAGCUCCUGGUAUGUAUGUUCAUACAAGCUGCACUAGACUGAGAUCCCAGCUCACUAGGUUUAGGUCAUUGCCAUUGUCUCUGUGGCAGGGUUUCUCAACCAAGGUCCCACUAGCGACGUCCUUUAAAGGAUUUAUUUCAAAUAAGACAAAGCAUGCACAAAAAGCUAAAAAAACAAAUGAUUUCUUAAGUGUUUGGUUAUUUUCAUAACGAGUAUAUCUUUCAAGUUAUGACAAAGCUCUGGAAUAUUACUAAGGUAGAAAUAAUGAGUGGGGAGCCUGAAGUUACGUAGCCUACGUAGAUCACAUAAACGUUUGCGUCAUGUCUUAUUCCACACCUUUAUUUCUUUUUGCAAAGAUAGACAUUUUCGAACCCUCUCUGAGGAAUGCACACUACCCCUCCACUAACGUCCGUGCCGUAGCGCUCACGCCUCCUCCUCCAGACAUCACAUCCGGGUCACUCGCCAGUCAGCGUGUAAGCGAGCGUGCUUCUCCAUCCAGUUGCGUACUGCUGCUGCAGCUCCCAGCGCAACUCCACUGCACGCAACAUGGACACUACGAGCAGCGGCCAGCCGCGGAGGAUCUGAGGGAGCACGCGUCGGGACCGGCCACGCUGGCGCAGGGAUGUGGUGCCAUCCGACAGACGCACGCUGGUAGACGAGUCAUUUGUCAGCGAUGUCAAAGAGCCUCAAGAAGAAGAACCACUGGACGAACAAAGUCCACGAAGCGGUGCUCUCCAGAAACAAGGAGGGCGAGCUGGGGUUCGAGUUGAAAGGAGGCGCCGAGAAUGGCAAUUUCGCUUACUUUGGCGAGGUGAAGCAGGGCAAGGUGGCCAUCCAGAGCGGCAAACUGUCCCAGGACGAGCUGCUCUUGGAGGUCAACGAUACGCCGGUGGCAGGGCUCACCAUCAGGGAUGUGCUGGCCGUGAUCAAGCACUGCAAAGACCCGUUCCGCCUGAAGUGCGUAAAGCAAGGAGGUGUUGUGGAUAAAGAUCUUCGGCAUUAUCUUAACCUACGGUUCCAGAAGGGUUCGGUGGACCACGAGCUUCAACAAAUCAUACGUGACAACCUCUACCUCCGGACGGUGCCGUGCACAACAAGGCAGCCCAAAGAGGGGGAAGUCCCAGGUGUGGACUACAACUUUGUGAGCAUUGAGCGGUUUAUGGAAUUGGAGAAAAGUGGGGCCUUAUUAGAAAGCGGAACUUAUGAAGAUAACUUCUAUGGCACGCCGAAGCCUCCAGCGGAGCCCACGCCCAUGCUGUUUAAUGUGACGGACCAACUCUUGCCCGGCGCCCGACCCAGUGCAGAGGGAAAAAGGAAGAGAAACAAGUCCGUCAGCAACAUGGAGAAGGACAGCAUCGAACCACCAGAAGAAGAGGAGGAGGACAGCCCUGUCGUCAAUGGCAACGGCAUCGCCAUCACACCAGAAUCAAGCGAGCAUGAAGACAAGAGCACAGACGCUUCUGGGGACGUGCCCGCCCAGCCGUGCCCACCUGAGACCCCCACCCUCACCGCCAUGGACGCUCCUGAAGAGGAAGGAGAGGCGCCCAAGUCACCUCAAGACUCGCAGGAAAACGAUGAAAUGGGCCCCUUGCCAGACAACUGGGAGAUGGCGUACACGGAGAAGGGGGAAGUUUACUUUAUAGAUCAUAAUACCAAAACAACAUCAUGGCUGGACCCUCGACUAGCGAAGAAAGCCAAGCCCCCAGAGGAGUGUGAGGAGGACGAACUUCCGUACGGCUGGGAGAAAAUUGAUGAUCCAAUUUAUGGCAGUUACUAUGUCGACCACAUUAACAGAAGGACACAGUUUGAGAACCCCGUCCUAGAGGCCAAGAGAAGAAUCCAAAUGCAAGGUCAAGGUCUUUCAGCGCUACCUUUGCCCACCAUAUACAGAGAAAAGCCAGCGUUCACACGGGAUGCCACACAGCUCAAAGGGACGUUCCUCACAACGGUUCUGCAGAAGAGCAACAUGGGGUUUGGCUUUACCAUUAUUGGUGGAGAUGAACCAGAUGAGUUCCUGCAGGUGAAGAGCGUCAUACCUGAAGGACCUUCCGCUCAGGAUGGCAAGAUGGACACAGGUGAUGUCAUCGUCUACAUCAAUGACAUCUGUGUACUGGGCACCACUCACGCCGACGUGGUCAAACUCUUUCAAUCCGUUCCCAUCGGUCAAAGCGUCACUCUGGUGCUGUGCCGCGGUUACCCCCUCCCCUACGACCCCGGGGACCCCUCCGCUAGCUCCUCCAUGCCCCCCUUGGGUCUAGUGGAUCAUCCGUUGCUUCUCAACGGGCGGAACAACUACGAAAAUUACAUGGAGUACAUGUCUUUGACUGGACGCUUGAUACCCGAGCAUGGCGAUGGGCUCGGCCCGCUUCCCCAUCCUGGAGACACCCACCUAGACGGCUCGCAGCCUCCAUCCCUGAACACACCCGGACCCCCGCCCGACGACAGUGUCUCCAUGGCUUCGUCUUCAGGAGCAACGGCUGGGGCCCAAGUGGCCCCUGAACUCCUGAGUCUCACUAUAACCAAAGGCACAGAAGGUUUUGGGUUCACCAUAGCAGACAGUCCCACAGGGCAACGAGUUAAACAGGUUCUGGAACCUCAGGGCUGUCCGGGGUUAUGUGAAGGAGACCUGAUGGUGGAGAUUAAUCAGAAGGGUCUUCAGGGACUCAACCACACACAGGUGGUACAGCUGCUCAAGGACUGUCCUGUGGGAACAGAGGCUACGCUUGUCAUUCAGAGAGCAGCAACAGCAGGUCUCUUUACGUCCUGGGAUCCCACAAAACAGUGGGACCCUCAAGGAAGCCCUCAGACCAGCUUGUCAACCACGCUUCACCCCCACGGUGCCCCACAUCCAGGCCAGACGCUCCAUCGCUCCUCUGUUCCAGACACAGAGGGCUUCCACCUGGGCAAACCCGACCCCUAUGACCUCUACGAGAAGUCACGCGCCAUUUACGAAAGCAGGCAGCCAGCUCCACUUCGGACAUUAAUGGACUCUACAGGUGUGGAGUAUCAGGAAGUGGAGGUGCACCUGCUGCGAGAGAAGACCGGUUUUGGCUUCAGGAUUCUGGGUGGAGACGAGGCGGUGCAAGCAGUGAGUCCGGAGGCCCGUGACAAGAUUGUAAUAGGAGCGAUCAUAGAGAACAGCCCUGCGGAGCGGGACGGCAGGCUACGACCGGGAGACGAGCUGUUCUCCGUCGACAGGAUGCUCGUGGCGGGGAGACCGCACCGUUACGUCAUCGACCUCAUGCACGCAGCUGCACGGAACGGACAGGUCACUCUGACCGUGAGGAGGAGAGUUCUGAUGCAGCAGGGUCAGCCGUGCGAGGAAAACGGUGCGUUGGGCAAUCAAAGCAGCUCCCCCCGGGGUCACGCCGUGUGCCCGGUCAACCUGCCACCCACCACUGAUGUAGUUAUCCAUCGCAAGGAAAGCGAAGGCUUUGGAUUUGUCAUCAUCAGCUCGCUAAAUCGACCAGAGACCACAACCACGAUAACUGUGCCACAUAAGAUUGGUCGCAUCAUUGAGGGCAGUCCGGCCGAUCGCUGUGGGAAACUGAAGGUCGGUGACCGUAUCAUGGCCGUCAACUGUCAGUCUAUUAUCAACAUGCCUCACGCUGACAUUGUCAAGCUGAUCAAAGACGCUGGACUCACCGUCACCUUGCACAUCAUCCCUGAAGAUGAUGUAAAUGGUGCUCAUUCCGGCCCCGCGUCAGAGAAGCAGAGCCCUAUGGUGGCCCAGAAGCACAGCCCUCAGACCCAGUCCAGCCCUGCAGCCCAGCAGAGCCCCUCCAUAACUCAACCCAGCCCACCUGCUCCUCAUCCCAGCCCUGCCACUACACAGCCCAGCCCCCUGCUGGUGGAGUCAGGCCCUGGAGCGACACACAGCAACCCACCAGUGACUCAAAGCAGCGUCCCUAUGAAUCACCCCAGCCUGGAGGCCAUGCAGUCGGGUUCAAUGGUAACUCAGGCUGCCGCAGCUGCUGCUGUGGAUCCAGGCAUGCCGGGGGCCCAGCCCAGCUCCAUCGGAUCAGUGACCGUACCGCCACAGCUGUAUCUACAUGACACACGGUCGGAGGUGAAAGCCAGACAGGAUGUCAAACCCGACAUCUGCCAAGCCGCAUACACAGAUUACAGACAGCCGCCGGUGGACUACAGACACCCUCCUGUAGCCGACUACAGACAGCCACCGACCAUGGAGUACAGACAUCCACCCGCUCUUAUAGACUACAGACAACACUCCAUCACUGACUACAGACCACAGGACUAUGACUAUUUCACUGUGGAACUGGAGAAAAGUGUAAAGGGAUUUGGCUUUAGUAUCCGUGGAGGACGGGAAUACAAAAUGGACCUGUUUGUUCUGAGACUGGCCGAAGACGGACCCGCCAUCCGCAACGGCAGAAUGAGAGUGGGAGAUCAGAUUAUCGAAAUCAACGGUGAGAGUACGAGAGACAUGAGUCACACCCGUGCCAUCGAACUCAUCAAAGCCGGUGGUCGACGCGUGCGACUGCUGUUGAAACGGGGCACGGGACAGGUGCCCGAAUAUGGAAUGGUACCUACCAACCUUUCCAUGUGCAUGAAAAGUGACACUCUAGCCUCACCCUAUUUCUUCAUAAUGGGACACACUAAAGACACGACUGUGCCACCUCCCGGAGUUCUCUCUCUCCAGCCGCCCCUGCCUUGUCGGAAGUAGUCUCACCCCACUAGCGUGACACUCGCCCUUCGCCGUCGCCCAUCAUCCAGCCUCGAACCCUGGAAAGGCCUCAUGGCAUUGUGUGACAGUCUGGACCAAUCACGCUGCCCCUCGGUGGGCGGUUUUGGUGGGCGGGCGUUCGCCCAAAGAACAGAGGGUGGCAGGUCCACCUAGCUGUCUGAACAGCCUAACAAAAAUGGAUCGAGACGGAUCAAGAUUUCGUAAAAGUGGAAAUAUUCACGAACAGAUGUUGACAUAUCAACCUCAGCGUGUUGUCGCAUCCCACUUGCUUUAUUGAUCCAAGUUUUUUCUCGAUGAUCCGAUAACCGGUCCAGAUGAACAGCCAAAAGUAAUUUUGGAUCCAGAGAAAAUGCUUUUGAUGGAGAAACAGGCCGAACUCUGAAAGCCUUUUUCUUCUGUCCAGUGGACCCAAGUUCUCUCUUUGUUAUCACGUGGAGGUUGUUUAUUUUUUGUAUAAUUUCAAGUCGUUCACACCGUCGCCCCCCAGUGGUGCCGGGGGUCGAAAAUUGCAAAAUAUAUGUGUAGCAUGAAAAGAGAUUUCCGAGGAAACCAAGUAUACAUGACUUGAACACCACAUGAGUAUUUAGUUUUGUUAUCUGUCUGGUGGGAACAACAUUUACAAUAGACGUCGUGAAACAUUGACAAUAAACACACAGAGGACACAAACAGACCGAUAAUGGAGAUACAAGGUAAAGUAUGACGCCAACCCAUUUGGGCUGAAUUAUGGGAAAUACACAAGGAAGUAAAUGCAUAUCAAUCGCCAAAUCUACCGCAUGGAUUGAUCCCUUUAGAUGCCAAUAAUGAACCAGUGACGAUAUGUUAUAUUGGUAUGAUUUAGGUCUGUUGUUCCCAGCUGAACAUCCGGUUACAUAUCACAAACUGAACCAGGCAAGGACUGCUAUACUGUCUUUCUUAUGAAGCUUAAAAGCAGACGCUUUCAAGGCCUCAGUACUUCAUUCCAGCCUCAUUUUCACUGUACUGUGCCGCCAAUGGAGUUGGGGUACCAUUCCCAUUUCUCUGAUGGUUUUCGUAGUUCACAGAAGCGAAUUAGGCGAGCUGGGAUCACAUUUUUAAGGACUGUUUGGUUUGAGAUCAGGAGUAAUGCAGUCAAUGUGUCCUAACCAGAUUUCACCAACAAGCAGUUUGUUUGUUUCGCUGGGAGCGUUAAUGAUGCGAGACGGUAUGUAAUCACAGGCAAUCGGAAGAAACGUAAUGUUUUAUAUGCAGUAAUGUGGAGCAGGGUUUUGGAUUAAUGAGAUGUCACCGUUGAAGUUUAAAAUCCAUUUAUUUUCAUAAUAUACAUUCUUGAUAUUUUGUGAGCAAUUCAUUGCUCUGUGUUAUCUCGAUGAAACAAGACUAAUCGUAAAAAUGUAGCAACUCAAAAUGUUGACAGUGGCAGUGGCCAAAAGUGAUGACUAAAGGCCUUAUAUAUCACUGCCGUCCUUCUGAAAACCUUGUAUCUCCAUAUUUCGUGAUUUUUAUAUUUUGCCAUAAAUCAUUAUUAUUAGUCGCCCUUUAUGUUUGUCACUGGGUUUUGCAAAUAUCUAACCAAUAAAAAGCAUUAAAAAGUGCUUGUCAACCUUGACAACACAGUGCAGUGUAUUUUCCAUUUCUGAGACUUCGGAAGGAAAGCAACAAUAUAGAGAAUAUUUGCUAUUAAUGCUUCAUGUUUGAUUAAAAUAUGAGGUGUUUAGUAAACCAAAGUGAAGAAAAAUCAACUUUGUUAAAGUAUAUAUUAAACAAAAUGAUUUGGCAAAAAAGGCAAACAACAGCUUUGUAAAUAUAUGUGAAUAUUUUAUUCUAAUAUACAAAAAAUGCAUAGAAAAACAAAAAGCUCACAGAAACAAAUGCAUACACUGACUACAAUUUUAUACAUUUUAUAUUCAUGUAUAUUUUGAUUUUUUUUAUUCUCCUGGGCUUUGAUUCAAAGCUUUGUGCAUGUGUUGUGUAUAAUCAUCAAGUUUUCUCAAACCUGAGCUUCAGUUUACACUCCAAGCACAACUCUUCAACACAGAACAUUUGUAAUUCAUAAUUAAUAAAAUAAACGAAUAAAGGGUGAAGACAUACGUUUCCAAAUUUGGACAUCACUUCUGGCUACUACUUUACUGCAAGUCAUUUUUCCUAAUCCAAUUGUUCCAAAGCAUAAGACGAAGUCCCAUCCUACAUUUGAAUUUAUCUUCAUUGAGUUGUCAUAGGUUGCUAAUGUCAAAAGAGACUUGUAAGUUGUGGAAAGUUGUAAUUUUUGUCAAUUCGAAACACUCCUUGUCAUACCUAUUGUAAACGAAUUACUACAUUUAGUUUGUUCCUUCGCUGUCGGUGUAAAACCCCCGUUACAUUUACUUUUAUGCAUUUGGGAGAUGAUUUAUGGAUUUAGUCUAUACAGUGUAUGGGUCCGUGCAUUCCCUGACAAAUGGAUCUUGGCGUAGCACCUUACCAGUAAAUUAUCGCUUUUUUUCUGAUGCUUUGUUGCUUCAUGUCUGGUUAGGACACAGGUUUAGCUGAGAACUGAGAGACUGAGAAAUGAUCUCAAAUUCUGGGUCUCUCUAGCACGAAUAAGUGGGACCCAGUUGUAUGUGGCAGAGUGCCUUACUGGCAGGACUAAAGAGCAGUAUAUAAUAUGCAUCCUACAUUAAAUACAUCUUAAGAGCUGAACAUUGGGUUUUCACUUUUGUUAUAAGCAGACGUUGCAGCCUAAUGUUUUGUUAAUGGCAGAAAGGUGAUCAAUAUCACACCUGUAGACAUAACCAUAACAGAAUAUGAGUGAAGACAUCAAGAUGCUGUCUAUGCUGGGUAUUAAAAGGAAAGAUGUGAUAUUCAUACCUCCAUCAUUCUGACUUUUCAUUAGAUGGAUGCGUUGCUGUGCUGAAGAAUUUCAAAAUGAUCGGGUUCAACAGAAACAAUUAUGGUGAAAUCUCAUUGUGGGUUUUGAGAAGAGGGUUUUAUGCCAUGCAGUGUUCUUGCCACUUUGUAUUCAUUUACUAGUGAAAUUAUUUAAUGCUGCUCUCCACCUGUCAUUUUAAUCACAGGCUGAAAACUGUGCCAAUGGAAACGCUUUGGGGUGUGUGGAAUGUAAUUUCUUUGAGAUUUUCAGGCAGUUUGGUGAACCGCCGAAUAUUCGGAUACAGUAUCUGCACUGAAAAUGUUGCAUAUCAAUUUAAGCUUAUUUUGUCUUGUUUUUCAGUACAAAUAUUUGAACAUCCUUGAGAAAAGAUACAUUUAUGAAUUUGACAUCGUAAAUAGGAUUUAAGGUCUUUUUGUUUACUGAAAAACAGGAAAAAUACUGAUUAGGAACAUGUUUUAGGCAGUGAUGUGCCACAAUAAAAUGCUCCCAUGUUCAUAUCUCACUGAUGUUUUUUUACCCAGCACAUUAUAUUUGUAGACCCUGUAGAUUCCCGUCAUUGGGUGCAGUGAGCUAAAUUAAACUGCUGUUUACAUGAAGACACAAACAGAAGCAGUGAAGGAAAAGUGUGGAUGCAUUUAUUGCACAGCUCAUAGCUUUUACUGUUUGAAGCUGUAUCCUGCCUGCUGUGAAAAACUAAAAAAGAACAAAAACAAAAAAACAUUUUAUAUUAUCGGGGAAAAUAUUGAAUCUGUGAAAGAUGGCACAUACAGGGGCCCAUUCAGAUCAAUAUUACUGUCUAGUGUUAGAUGUGUAUUUACCUUGUACAGCUGUACGCCUAUAAAUAUGGUUUAAUGUAUUAUUGAUAGUUUCAAAGAAUAAGUGAUCAAAUAUUUUUAUGAAAUGCAACAGUAUGGAUAUAAUAAAUUUUGCUAAAAUCUUGUUUACCUGUAUGAUAUUCUGAUAUACUGUUAAAUAAACUCUUGACAAGGUUUAAAGUGCAUUUCGUAAUUUUCAUUUGACUCGUUUUGAGAGGUUUUUAUAGCACUGAAAAUAAUAAAGGUUCAAUUUGCAAAUUAAACUAUUACAUCGGUUAUGGAAUGGAAAGUAAUUUAAAAGAAUGUUAUCACAAAAACCCUGCUAAACAAGUUUUUUUUUGGUGUCAACAGGAAGAAACUGGUUUAAACUGGUCCUCUCAGCCAGUCAAAUC